CAAUCAAGGCCACGUGUUCUAAAUUACCGCGUAAUUAGACCCUGCGUACCGUUUCUGCCGGAAACUGUUGUUUAUGCAUAAACAUUACGAUUUGCAUAAGGCAUUAUUUGUGGUUGUUUUGCGAAAAUAUGAGCGAUUUUAUGAGCAAAUAGCCGAAUUCAAUAUCCGCAUUCGCUGGGAAGAUUUUUAUCGGGAAGCUGGGCGAUAUUCGAGAAAAUCCAAGACCGUUGCUCGAAUUAGGGCAGCAAGGCUAAGCGCGACACACCCUCGGUUUUAAUGAAAUGUUAAUACGGCCGCACACCCGCCAUUGAAACAAUACUCAACACGUGUGAGGAUAGAUCAACAAAAAAACAUAUUUAACAAAGGGAGGAGUUCGCGCGUGUGACAUUUCAAUGAACAGUUCUUAAACCUCUUAACAACCACCGUAUGAUCGAGCAGCUGCCGGCGCGGACACAAUUAAAACAUUUGCGUUUCCGACCUUAAGAACAUUUCAGCUUCCAGCAGAUAGUGUCGACAUCUCUCGAGCUGAGCCGAGAAAUUUCGCCGCUGGACUUCACCAAACAGGAUAACUUUAAAGAGCGGAAACGGGUCAGUGUAAAAGCCUUGAUAACGGUUUAAAAACUUCAACGAACGCGUUUAUUAUUAUUAUUUUUAUUGGAAACCGACGGUUCCUGGUUGACCCAGAAAAAAAUAUUUUCAAAGCAGCUACUGGUAGUGUAGCUGAGUUGACAAAAGAAGCGCGAUCAUGCCUAAAGCAUUUCUGGUGAAGAAGAACAAGAGGUCAUACGUCGAAGCAAGUGCAUCAGAGAAAAGAACUUUGGAGUACGAUGCGGUCCCAGCGUAUCGUGAACUAGAUAGCGUUGUGCUUUCCACAGCGUCUGCGGUUUCGGACAUUAUGCAUUCAUCGACGGCCAACUCGGAUAAAGCACCGGUGUUAACUUCGUUAAGUUCGCUGCUCACAUCGACGGGGACAGCUAACGGCAGUUUCCCAAGCAGCGCGUUCAAGCCUUUUAAAGUGGAAAAGGAGAAGGAGAAUUCGCCAGCAAAGAAGCUCAAACCUAACCCGCCACCGCUAGUCGAGAGCCGCGACAAAAACAACAGGAGUAAAGAUAACAUUGGCGGACGCGAAGCCCUUAACGAACGACACACAGAUCAUGGUGGCAAAACCGCAGUUCUCGAACAUAAGGAGUUUGCCAUCUCGGACAAGUACGACUUUCCGAAGCCCAAGGGACCGUUGCCGCAGUCCCAAUUUAUCUGCCAGCUCUGCCAGGAGGUGUACUCGGAUCCAUUUUCGCUUGCUCAGCACAAGUGUAGCGGAAUUCAGCACACUGAAUAUCGAUGCCCAGAAUGCGACAAAGUUUUCAGCUGCCCGGCAAACCUGGCAUCGCAUCGAAGAUGGCAUCGACCUCGCUCGCCGCACGAAAAAAAAGCAACCCCGACGCAAACGCCCGCUCAACGCGAACCGCAGCUCCCAAACAGUCCAAAAACCAGCGCCGAGGACAACGGCAAAAAUGGUGCUGUCACAACAGCCGUGGAGAGCGAGGCGCGAUCGAGCAGCCCGGUCGGUAACAGUCAAGGACAGUUUGUCUGCGAAGUCUGCAACAAAACGUUCAGACGGAAAGCCUACCUUAGGAAACAUAUGAACAACCACAACGACGACCGACCGUAUCCGUGUCAGUACUGUGGCAAAGUGUUCCGGAGUCUGACAAACCGCGCAAAACACGUUCUUAACCACGCGGUGGGGCCCAAGACAUUUAUUUGUAACGUUUGCGGUAAUGGAUUCGCCAAUAAGGGGAGCCUUGAUCGACAUGCGAGGAUCCAUACAGGUGAAAUUUACUCUUGUAAACACUGCUCUAGCACAUUUUACAGUUCGCCUGGUCUUACGCGUCACAUAAACAAAUGCCACCCUCCCGAAAAUCGCCAAGUUAUCGUUCUUCAGGUCCCGGUUAGACAAGGUUGAACUCGCUAUUCGAUAGCAAGGAGUAAAAAAAAAAAAAACUAUGACACUGUAGAUUUCUUGUACGAAAAUUGUAAAAUAGUAUUAUAUUUACAGAGGCAAGACAAUGCCACAAACUUGCCUUAUGAAUUUAGAAGCGUAUUGUACAAAUUUUUUUAUGUAUGAGAACGUAUAGCUGGGCGAAUUCUUUCACACACUGUAAAUUUGCGAAGAUCUAGUUUUAAGUUAUAAGUAGUUCAAAUCUGUAUAAUUUUUUAUGUCCAAUUUGCUAGUUGUUUUGUGUGUCGUGGUAGUAGGCGAGUUGUGUUUGCUCUGAGAAACACACAGCUGUCACAGAAAAGGAAAAUUUCCCACUUUCCUGAUGUUAAUAUUUCGUAGAAUUUUAGCGGAUUCUUUGAUGGAAAGCUUCUAUUCAGUAAACGGAAGAAAAUAUUCAACUGGCCUUUGUUGUUCAUUUUAAGUUUUCAAAGCAGAUUUCCGCAGUGCGACUCAUUGAGAACUCCUCAUAAACGCAAUACGCGCAGUCUAAUUUGCUAGAUAUAGUCGUGACGGACAGUAAUCACUCCCCUCAAGAAUCUCAUUGAGUCAAAGAUAAAAUCAAAGAAUGGAAUCUAAUGAAAUUGCCGGCGACUUGCGUAUCCUAGUUCCCCCUUAUUAAUCCUCUUUAGUGCGGUGUUUUCCUGACGAAGAUCGCAAGAUCGGCUGCCAACUUAGAUAGAUUUGCGCGCUCGCGCGAUUAAAAGAUAUAACAUGGCACCCGCGUAACUUCGCGCGCUCUCAUCGUGUUUUUGCGACCUUUAAGUCUUUGAUCGAAUGAGAAUUUGGCGUCUGUUAUUCUACAGCACUCGUGCAGCCUUAGGGUUUUUAUCUGUGUGGAAGACCGAAUAUUGAAUUACUAUUUCGGCGAGUUCGGGCAGUUUGAAAACAGAUGGCGUGGUCGCCAUUGUAUAAUAGAAACAUUUGUCAAAAGCGAAUCCUCGCGCAAACUUUCUUUAAUUUACUGCGAAGCAAAAAUCGUGGCUGACUCUUUGUUUGUCGAUCUGUUUCACGCUGUCGCUGUUAGGACAACCCUUCUGUUUCGGAAGGAAUUCCUUGUCAAAACCACCAGCGCUUGUUUCCAUGUCAUUGUUGCUUUCUACACAAGUAUUCAACAAUGUGCGUUGCCGGAUCAACCAUUAAAAUGAAUAUGUGAUCGAUACACAACUGCCGAGUUAGUCGUUAUUAGAAAAUUUUGCGCGCGAUCGCCACGGAAAGCUACCUUUUUUAUUUGUUUACCUAAACCAUACAUUUUUCGAAAUGAUCAGCGUUAUUUGUCGUAUCGGCAAUAAAGAUACUUACGAAACGCUUUUCGCCAAAUGCGAAAAUACGUUUGAACGAAAAUUCUAGGUUUGUUUUCGCACCCUAUGUGUGUGAUAGAAUUUACGUAUGCACGUGUUCCAAACUUUAAUUCAUUUUCGCUUCUGUUAGAAAUGAUAUUUUGUUGGGAAAAUUCAUUUUAUCUGUGGAAACAAUUUGAGACAGAAAUUUCGGUUUUUCAUCGGUUUCAAUGCAUUGGUGAAGUUGUAGACGAUUUCAACCAUAUUGGAAUUUUACUUGAUUACGAAUAUUCAUUAUCUCGCUCCAAUGUUUGCAAUUAACGUUUACAUAGUUUUUCCCCUUUUCAUCCUCGAAGAUCUUGAUUCGCCUAUAAAUUCGAAAAAAGCGAGAUUGUCGCCGAAAACGCAAAGAAUUUUUAUCGAAAUAAUAGGCAUUUUCGAGAGUAAAUGUAAAGCGACAGUUAAGCAUAGUUUACGAUUCCGAUGGUUGAAUUUUUUUCUUCAUUGUCUCGAGUGUCAACAAUGAAAGCGUUCCAACUCUCGUUGUAGUGAUCCAUUUUAAUUGCGUUUUUUCUGAGCAUUUUAAACCACCCCAGCGUCUAACGAUGGUUUAUAUCGCUUUAAGACUUUUCUUAUUUCUGGAAAAUUUCGGUUUUUUUCUACGCACUUGAUGUGCGUAAUGUUUAGGAGCGCGUAGAAUACACAAGACGAUCGGGUUUUGGUUCCCUGGCCUAAUCACAGCAAGACGCUUCAUUACUAUUCUUUUAAGUCUCAAUUCAUAUCAUGUCUUUUUCCUUGGGUUAGCGAAAUUAAAGAUGCCGAAACGCUAACGAUAAUCUGACCGUUUCGGCAUUCGCUUAUUUUAUUUUUCUCUGAGGUGAGGAAUGUUUGAUUCAUGCUGUCGAAGGGACUGUUGAUAUUACUCCGUGAUAUGUUAAUUCGCUUUAAAACUUUCGCGCGACGCUGAAUGAAGUGAAUUUGGUCAUCACUGCGAUUUUGCUUUCCUCUUCAGCUAGUCAAAAUAUUAGGAGUGAAAAUUUCUAAACUAGAAAACACAAAACUAUGAGCCAAGCGAUGGAACGGAAAAGCGAUGGCUUUAAACGAAGGUCAUUCGACACAGCAGGUGCAAGCGAAGUAUUGACUCUUUUUUCACUGUCGUCGAAGUGUCUACGAUUUUUGAGGCACAAUUUAAGAGAUUACGGGCAGUACCUCUGUUGAUGUCCGUUCCACUAUUCAUUUACAGUGGCAAAUCCUUAAUUUCUUUGCAUUUUAUUUAUUGACUACGAUCUGUUGUCGCCCUGAUGUAUGUUCUUUUAUGUUAGGUCAGCUGGAAUUCUUCCAUAAUAGAGCACUUAGAUGACAGCAGCGCUAGCCUUCAGUCCCGUAAUACGUUGAAAUGAGUUAAGCACCGCACCUUUUACUCAACGCGCUUUCUCGCUGCCAGAGUUUAAAAGCCCAACGAGCCGACACAGGCCAAUUUUGAGACAACAUCAGCGCAACGCGCCGAAGUUCACGCUCAGUUGCAAAUUGAAAAGACGUGGCUUUCUUUCAAUUCGCUUUUCGCUAGUGACGCGAGUAAAUGAGCCUGUGUUGGUACAGCUGAUUAUGGUUGCCAGGCAGUUUUUUCUUUUUUAAGAUUUCGGACACAUGCCAAUGAAUAUUGAUUUGAGACAAUACUUUUUUUCGGUCUGUGAAUAAGCGCGCAAAGAAAGGAGAAAAAAAUUUCCGUCGAUAGUGACUCGGACAGCCAAGUCCAAAAAACUGUCAUUGAGAUAAGAAAAACAAAAAUGUUUUUUGUUUUCUCAGGUAGGGAGCAAAAGAUCAUGUCUUAUUCUAGCGAAUCUGUCACAGAAGACAAAAGAGACAGAUUUUCUACCCUUCGGAUUUAAUUUAACCCACUAACAAUUAGCAAGUCAUGUCCUCUUGUUUCAAUCUCGUCAUAAAAUUGCUCUCUCGCUGUCUUUCCACAAUUCACCGCCCAGAAGCGCUCUCUGCAUCAAUGGACGCGAUAAUUGUUUUAAACUCUUUUAAUUUUUUCCCUUAGUCGCUCCAAAUGCCGUGGUGUUGUGCUUCUAAGGCUCUUAGUAAAACCAUUCACAUUGUUAUUAUCCAAGUUACCAGGGGAACGGCAGCCCACCUUUGUUCUCAAAGUCCAUGCCAUGCGGUGAAUGUUGUUAUUAAACCUUCAUUUGAAAAGCCUCCUGUUUAUUGUGGCGUUUAAUCGAGCUUUUCAGCCCAAAUAACUUGUGUUUUCCGUCUGUUUUACUUAUCACAACUAUUUCAGGCCGUCUUCUAAAAGGCUUUACCGCUUGCAAGUUUCCGAAACGAGUGUUAUUCCAUUUUGUUUAAUUUUUUUUUCUGUUAUCGCACCCUGCUUCUCUAAAUUAAUUUUUCUCCAGGGCGGAGAAAGAUCUCUUCUUCCACAAUUCAUUUCCUGGCGACUUGAAAGCUAGGAUGUAAAUAUUUCUCCUGCGAUAACUGAUAACGACCCAUUUACAUGAUUUUACUUCGAUGUCCUUGAUACUGUCUUUAAAAAAAUAUUAACGAGGUUUUAAAUUGAUUAUGAAAUUCGGUUUUUGUCUUGUAUCGCUUUCUUAUUACUGAUCAUUGGACCCAGCGCAAUACUUAUUCCCAAACCGAUAGCUUGACAUAAAAAAGUUGGAAAAAGUUGUUUUUCUGUCAGUGGCGUUGUUCUUUGUUCGGUGUAAAUUAUUCAACAUGCGUUUUUCUAUUGUCAUUCGAUCAUCGAAUCGAAUUCUCCGAAGUAAUCUGCAAUUGCUCGGUUACAGUGGCGCUAUUUGCUCGGAAGCAAAUACAAACUUCGACAGAGCCAUCACAACACCACGCUAUUCUGUUGUAUAAUCUUUCAGAGCGCAUUGCGUAUUGACUUAGUAAUUUGUCUUUGGCACAAAAAUAGUUUUGAUUUUUCGCCUGGACGCUUUAAGCUACCCCUAUUGACGUCCCACCAUAUUUUGCGCUAUUAAAUGUUUGCAUGGUAACCCAUCAUGUGUUUGCCAUAAUGUUUCCCAUUUCAAAUUAGCGCUGAGUAAUGUGCUGUUUGCUGGCGGCCCGUGUUCAACCAUUUGUUACAACACAUACGUCUGCUGGGUUGAUUAAUGAAAUUGCGCGCAAGGCGUUGCCAAGAGAUCGAUCGCUUUUCGGCCAAAUAAACGAGUUUCUUUGAAAGAAAGAUUAUCAAUCGCCUCUAAUUGCUCGUUUUUAAUGGCCUGGUAAGAUGGUCUAGCACAAUUUAGCCUCAGCCUACGACACUUGCUUGUUUCCUCGUCUUUGUUCUCUAAAUGAUGCCCCGCAGAGGGGAACCAUAGUAUCUCGCCCUUUUCAAGAGUAGAAUGUAGUCUGUUCGCGAACGCACGUUUUUCGCGCCAGCUCGUACUUGCUAUAAAGUAGUACGCUAUGGAGGCGCUACUGGGGGAGAAUGUUUAUACAGGAAUUGCUAAUACAAGGUUGAUUUUAGCGCUUUCAAGCAUGCCGCGGAUACUUGCAUCAGCAAAUUGAUCAAUGAUGGUUUGAACUCAAUCUACAAACAGGUGCACCAUUUAGCGACUUUUCCCAUGAUCUUCUCCCUGUCACUUGUGAUCAUUAUGCACGUAAUUUCACAGAGGUAACUGAAUUCAAAUUGUCAAAAGACGACCAUUUGCCUGGAAUAAAGUCGUUAGUAAUUAUAUUACUGGAGGAAAUUUCAAAGAAAAGCUCACUUAACGUUACAACACGUUUUGGUUCCCGAUGCGUACAAAUAAUCAUAUUUUCGAUAAAUUUACAUUGCGUGGUGUUUAUUUCCCCAUGUUGCGCGAAAAUAUUGUUCAUGGCAAACAAAAGGUCUUGUCUUUAAUGGCAUUUCUUUUCAAAGGAGAUUUCCCUUUAAACCGCUUCCCCUGAGUUCCAAAUAUCUUUUAAUAGCGUAAUUUGACAAUACAUAGCAAGAAUUGCCGCUAGUUCGGAGGAAAAAUUUGAAAAUCUACCAUCGACAACGAGAGAAUCCAUACUUGAAAUAUGAACAGUAAGACUGAGACCGUAUGCGCCCUUUGUCACUGCAAGAUUUCACCAAUUAACAUUUUCUUCUCGAUAAAAGAUUCAUGCAAUUGUCAAAAUUUCUAGCUAUUUCUGUCGUUCAGCUGCAGGUUUUGACUCAUCAGUGUUGUCUACGGAUAUGCAGAUGUUCAAAAAAAAUCGACAGUCUUUUAACAGUUGAAAAUAAACGAAUAUCAACAUUCGUUCUUUGAGCGUAUUCGCGAAACAUCUUUGUAUAUUUGCUCUUCGCAAGAAGAGUCUCGUCUCGCUUUGUCUUGCAAAUUUCUUUGGAUGGGUUAUCAAAGGAACUCGAGUACUGUUUGCUAGAUUGGUCUUUAUACUCGCUGUCGGCAUUCAAGUCAACGACAAGCUUUUUCCGUCCGCCCUCUUAAGCGAUAAUUACUUCAGCAUUCUUGUGAAGCUUUUAUCUUGCGGUUGAAUCAAUAAAAAAACAACUCGACGAGGAAAUCCGUCCGAACAACUUUUCAACUCUUUGAAUAUUUGAAGAAUUUUCAAACGGAUCCAAUAAAUAUCGCGAAAGCUGAGCAACGCAAUUUCUUAUGGAAAUAAAUUCAACAAGAAAUGCGCACCUUUUGACAUCUUCAAGUACUGAAGCAUUUCGCUCUAAAGUACGAAUUGCGGCCAUUUUAGGAACUUUUUCUUUUAUGGAAUCAUACGUUUGUACCUUAAUAUUUCCAGUAAAUGUUCGGUAAGCGCUUUCCAAAAUUUCGUAGCUAAUAUUAAAAGCUGUUAUGUCGGCGGGUAUUUUUCGGCCUUGGAAAUUAAUUUUCGUAUUUUAUGUAUAUGGAUGUUUAGUGGCAUAUUUCCUGAUGUUAUUACUCAAUGUGUGCGUCGGUAUAUGCUUGCUGGUCUGGUAAACAAACAUGAAAAGUUUAUUAUUUUCAGGUUUUAGUGUAUUCAACGAAUGUUGUGUUUUCCUUACGGCGGCUUUGAAUCACUUGAAUCAAUGGUGGAGUUCUAAUAAGAUCAUAUGUAUUAAUGUUGUUAAUGUUGUUAUCGGUUUCCAAACACUGAGCGCUUUGGAUGGUUUGUAAUUUUGUUUUAACUUUUACGACGUGAGUGUGAUUAUGUUGGUUUUUUUUGUGCAAUUAAGCGAAGUCCGGUUACGUUUUAGUGCGCGUUCGGAGCCGUUUCACUCGAGCGCAGCGGUUUGGAAAGAGCGGCGAGUUCUUAAUACGUACAUUACCAUAUUUAUUUGAUUCUUUACAAGUUAAUGUUAUCGGCACUUCGAUAUCAAAGCAAAGGACUCGCCUCAGGGCGCUACAGAAUGGCGUCAAAAUAUCGAUGCUCUUAAAAUAAUUGCGUUAUGAUA